AUGCCCCGGGGAAGGAAGAAGGAGCCUCGUCUACGGCAAACGUCCUUAUCUUCUUUCCGCCUUCCAGCCAUACUGAUUAUCAGACAGAAAAAUACUGCGUUAGAAUCACGAUGGUGUGAGAUCUGCGUCAGGGAUGUUACCGUCGGGACAGGUGGCGAUCACAAUUGGGAGGUGCAUCUUCACGGUCACGAGCAUGUUACCAACAGCCAGAAAGCCCAGAAUAAGAAGAUUACUGCUUAUUUUGGGCGUGCGCGGCCUCAUACGGUGGUACCUCUCAGACAAAAUGUGACAAACAUCCAGCCUAUUGAAAUCGAUGAAGGGACCAUCGACGAGCAACCAACAAGUCCUCUUCAACAGGGACAGUUGUGUCUGUCUAGUGUCAGAAGUGAGCCUCAACAGCAGGGGGUGAUGGCAGCUUCUGGUAUGGGCAUCAUCCAGUGUAUCUGUGCUCUAUCAUCCGCCCUCCCGGAGACAGUACCCACUGCAAACCCCCAUGAUGUAUGGGCCAUGUUUGCGGUGGACCCAGUUAUUAUGCUCGAGUCCGAUCAGGACCCCUGGGAAAUGGUCAAUACAACCCUUCAUGGCGCUCUCGGUUAUGGCACAACACCCGAAACUUUAUCCCCCUUAUACGCCGAGGACCGCUCGGUGUCGAAGCAUUGUGUACCUGGCUUGAGAAGUGCUUCCGAGAGCUCAAUCACUAACUCUCUAAACAGUGGUGCUUCCCCCGACCCAUCUAUGCCGCAAAAUUCAAGCUCAGAGCUGAGCUGCUCCAUUCCCUCUUCACCUGUCCAUCAUGCUUCAGCCCCGAGUGCUAAAUCCUCUUCACUCAUCCGUGGCUCUCCAGCGCCAAGUAUCAGAUGUCCUGGUCUUGCCAUGGAGCUGCCAGCUGGUACGAGUCCAUACGGUGUGUAUCCAUUCAGCACCCAUACGCGCCAUUCACAACCGUGGGACACCAUCGUGACAGAUGACAAGCUCUUCACUGUGGCGAAGAUGUGUUGUGGCAGUGCCAGCUUCGAGGAUGGACAGCUGCGACCUUGUCGUUCCUGUCGGGAGCUUGCUAACAAUGAUAUGCUCCUGGCAAUGCGUAGUCGGAUGUUUGAUGGCUGUCCAGAAACCGUCAAUUAUGCAUAUUAUUCCCAUUAUCAGCUUCUCGACCUCCACCGCCGGCGGCAACAGCUUGACAUGAUGUGCUUGGGUGGUCUAAACCAUGCUCACAAACUAGCAGUCAAAUGUCGAGCAAUGGGUGCGGCCAACCAUAUUCUUAUGAUGAUGGCGCAAGGUGACAUACCUGGCGCUGAUCGGAUGCUUCGAGUGGCUUUGCACAAUGGUGCAGGUCUUCUAGGAGUCCUCGAGAAAUUUGGUGCGGCAGCUGGUCGUCUCAGCAGUGGUAUCAGCCCUGAAGAGGCAAACCUGCACCGUAUCUUCCUUUUCGCAAAGUUGGGCAGAGCACGUGUGGCACAGAUUGCCCAGCGCAGCUUGAAUUUACCCUCUGCAAGUAAGCGUCCGGUCCCGGUUAUCCUUUGUACCGAGCUUGAUAUUCCGACAGCAAGGACGGCUGUGCGCUGGCUCGGCAAACCUGUUAGCUUGUUCGUGGACGAGCUGAAGCUGGAAGAGCGCCUCCUGUGGGACUCUGCUACUAAUCACAUCCUUGGUGUAUGCCGGGAGCACUCCAAAUCCGUCUCACUGGAGUUUCGUUCAAUGGCCCAAGCUGAUGCUUUGCACGAGGCAUUGACAAACCCAUCACUGCCUCAAAGAGACCGUGUACAUCUGGCUACAGAGGUGACCGUUGUUGCAAUGCGCGUACUAUCCAGUGAUCCUCGACGAAAUGCAGCACGUCCAGUAAUAGUGUCUGGAACGUGCAAACGAGAGGAUGACAGAGCCCAGUGUGACCUCCUGCUGAACGCGGUGAAUAGCUUUAAGGGUCAUACCCUGACUACGACUUCACCCAUUUAUGCCCUCCUGCAGCCUUUGCCAUUGUUCAACCUCCUCUGCGGCGAUGACGAAGUCACAGGCGAUUUCGACUCCAAAAUGAAAUCAAGCGCUUCCGCCAUACAUUGUUAUGAAGCAAAGCAUCUGCUCCAUGAAGGCGAAAACCCCCGGCACGUUGAUUCACUCCUCUCACCAAAUGACAAGCAGGAUGUACCUCUUGCCUAUUCAUUGCUGCUAGCGAUAUCAGGCUUUGACUACAAUCCGUCCUCAACUGAUCAGUCUCCUGCAUUUCAUGCUGCCCAACGCAUUCUUCAGCUGCUGGGUUACUUAUACCAACAUAUCUCGGAGGCUUAUACAAACAUCGAUCUUUCCCUCGGACAGCAAUUGGAACACUUAUCAGCAGCCGCACAUAUCUGUCCUGCUGUCUAUGCGAGUAACAAAGGCGGAUUCAUUCCAGUUCAGCUCUAUUACGACAUUGUGACAAUGAUCAAGAACGUGUUCUUCUGCAUCGUAAAAGCGAUGGUCGUGGACCCAAAUGGUCAAUUCUACCUAAUCCUACUAGGUACUGACCCUCUUGAGAUCCUCUUUGGUGUUGUGCGGACAAUGGUCGGGAACGAUGCUAAUGCCGAUCAAUUGCAGCUAGCCUCGAGGCUCACGAUGGCCUCACUCUGUUCCACCCUGCUGCAGCUACAUCCCGAGUGGGAUCGAGGUGCUCGAAGGCUCGCAUUGCCAACUCUUCAUCCUGGGGACAAUUUGGUGGCACAGAAAUACGACCACAUUAACCCCUCAUCAUGGAAGGGUGAUGUGUCGUUGAACAAAGUUGUCCUGCUUACAUCGUGGCAACUUGGUAAGCAUCAAGCAUCUAGAGAGCUCGAAGAGUGUCACCUAGAUGUGCCCUUUGCAUCGAUGGAGGCAUCCCGCGGCUUUGAUAUCCUCUGUCCAUUUGGGGAGAAUAAAGUUGUCCUUAUUGGGGACUUGAAGGCCGGCGAACAUGAGGAGAAUGAAGAAGAACAAGACGAUCCGACUAGCUCUCAGCCAUCAGUGAAUGCAGUAUCGGAUCCGACAAGAGUGGCCGCGUCCCCCCAAGCAGACGAGACAGAAUGCAAUGAAGACGUCGAUUUGGAGCCCGAUCUCGAAGACCUCGUCGGCUCGGAACUUGGAAGAUUGGAUGGAGACGAAGCUUCCGAAUCGCCUUCAUAUAGUGCUUGGAUCUCAGUGGACGGCGACAGGGGUAAACGCCAGCACAAGGCAACGAUCUUACAGGUAUAUUCGAAGCCCAUGAGCAUCCAGAGCUCCCGAGACCGUCUCAGACGCAUAAACAGACUGUCAGCUUACAAUGAGUCUACCGCCAAAGAUCUCACACGGUCAUUUGAUGAGGGUGCAUCACUUAUCUCGGUUCAUAGUCCUGUCUUGACCAUUGUCCGGUGCAAUGGUCAAGUCUUUCUUGCUGCUGCUCUGGUAAUCGAUAUUCAAUCCAAUAACACGAGCAUCCAGUCUCUUCCGUAUGAUCAGCUACAAGAACCUUAUGUUCGCGUGAGGGUCCAGCUUAUGCGUCUGGGAAUAGCUACCCACAACACGAAUACCAUUCCUGAUCCAGGAGAAGAAUGGGAGUGGACAGGCGAGUUUGAGCAACUACCCGGGCCAACAUCCUCCAGGGAGCUCGAAGGGCAGUGGAUCAAGGUUGUGGACCCUGAUAUCAAGCAAGGCACACGGCGAUUGCAAUGUGGCACUCCCACAUAUUUCUUCAAUUCCGGAACUUUGAAGGUGGCCUCUUGUUUGUUAUUUGAGUGCCUCCAGAAGGAGCUCGAUGACUUACCGAAUGUUCCUCUGACAAUGACAUUCCCCUACCGUUCUUAUGAUGGUAAAGCAUGCUUCUUAUGUGAACCGGAUGGGCCUCGGCAGACAUAUCAAGACCAAUUCCACUGCCCCUUAUGCCUGUCGCUUCAUUUGGAUAAAGGUCCGAAGCUCAUUGAGCACUUUGGUCGGCACCUACUCUUUGAUAGCCACCUGGAACCAAGUCGAAAGGACUCUCCCUGCGGACUCUGCCUGAAUCUAGGCAGUGUUUGCCAAUUUCACCUCUGCAAGGGCCCAGGUGGCACUGAAAUUAUCAAUAUGAACACCUCACAAUGUCGCAACCUCUACAAGAUCCAGAUUGCCAGUGCCAGCAAAUUCACAAAGUCUUUGCCAUGUAUGAAUGUCCCGAUGGCAUGCCCGCUUGGUCCGCAGCACUCUGAUGCCAUUUGGAAGUAUAAUUUUGAUGCUCACUUUGACAAGGUCUACCCUCAGGCUGACAAAGAGUGCUAUCGUUCCUCAUUUGCCAUUUCCCCUGAGGAGAUGGACUGCAUGCGUGAACGCUAUGCCGCGAAACCAAGAAAGCAGCGCGUCAAACCGAAACAGAAUGUUGCUUUAGCAAUAUCGGAAUUACACAGCUCAAGAGUUGUCAUGCGUAAUAUUAACUGCAGUACUGAAUCAUCGGGUACGGCCUGCUCCGAGUCCUCACCGGCAAGCCUAUCACCGUCUUUGAUGGAUGACCAGGAUAUGCCAGCUGCAAUCCCCGCCCAUCUGUCUAUAUCGCCUCUCGGAAGUCCAUGUCUGCGCACUGCAGUACUGUCGACUUCGCCGGACCAGAGUCCUACGGACACCGCUCAAACGGUCGAGCCUGAGGGGAGUGCACCGGAUGUCAUAUUGACAAAGCGGACUGUUACAGAAGCCAAACUAGACAAAGUAGAAGACAAGCACAAAUACGAAACCUCUGAUAUACCAAAGAUCGACCGGACGGCUAUGGUUGCGGAUCCCAGCGCACAUGGUAAUUCCAUACACACAGAUAUUCCUCUGGACCCUGAUGUACAGAGUAUUGAGCGGCGCGAAGAUGUUCACAAUGCUGAGCCUGAGGUGGAUGCUUAUUGCCCGGAAGUGGGAGAAAUGGUCAAGUGUGACGGGCCGGAAUGUGGCGAAUGGUAUCAUUUCACUUGUGCGGGUCUUCUGGACUUGCCAGAGGGCGCGUGGUUCUGCUCAUCCGCCUGUGAGGCACAAGCAUCAUCUACACUCAAGAUACGGCUGCCCGCAUUGAAUCCGAGCAAGCGAGCAAAGAUAUAG